CCGAAGAGCCCCUAAAGACAGUGGCCCAAGGUGGGAAAGGGGCCAGGAAGUGAAGCCAUGUGAGGUGGCCCAUGUGCCCGCAUCGUGCCACUCCUGGAGGCCAGCACGGCUGCAUGGUGAUGCCCUUGCUGGUGAGCCCUGACCAGGAGAGCCAGGGCCCUGCCCUUCCAUCCACACAGCACAGGUUGCUUCGUGUUGUGUUCUAGGCCAGGAUGGCGGCCCAGGUGACACUGGAGGACGCGCUGUCCAACGUGGACCUCCUGGAAGAGCUGCCUCUGCCCGACCAGCAGCCCUGCAUUGAGCCCCCACCAUCCUCCCUGCUCUACCAGCCAAAUUUCAACACGAACUUUGAAGACAGAAAUGCAUUUGUCACCGGUAUUGCAAGAUACAUUGAACAAGCAACGGUCCAUUCUGGCAUGAACGAGAUGCUGGAAGAGGGCCAGGAGUACGCUGUCAUGCUAUAUACCUGGAGGAGCUGCUCUCGGGCCAUCCCACAGGUGAAAUGUAAUGAGCAGCCUAACAGAGUGGAAAUUUAUGAGAAAACCGUGGAGGUCCUUGAGCCUGAGGUCACAAAACUGAUGAAUUUUAUGUACUUCCAGAGAAAUGCCAUCGAGCGUUUUUGUGGGGAGGUGCGGCGCCUGUGCCACGCGGAACGGAGGAAGGACUUCGUGUCGGAGGCCUACCUGGUCACGCUGGGCAAGUUCAUCAACAUGUUCGCAGUGCUGGACGAGCUGAAGAACAUGAAGUGCAGCGUGAAGAACGACCACUCGGCCUACAAGAGGGCUGCUCAGUUUCUACGGAAAAUGGCAGACCCGCAGUCCAUCCAGGAGUCGCAGAACCUGUCCAUGUUCCUGGCCAACCACAACAAGAUCACACAGUCUCUGCAGCAACAGCUUGAAGUCAUCUCUGGCUACGAAGAGCUCCUAGCGGACAUCGUGAACCUGUGCGUGGAUUACUACGAGAACAGGAUGUACUUGACGCCCAGCGAGAAACACAUGCUUCUCAAAGUCAUGGGAUUUGGUCUGUACUUGAUGGAUGGGAGUGUCAGCAACAUCUAUAAACUAGACGCCAAGAAAAGAAUAAACUUGUCCAAAAUUGACAAGUUUUUCAAGCAGCUCCAGGUGGUCCCACUGUUCGGUGACAUGCAGAUAGAACUCGCAAGAUACAUCAAGACCAGCGCCCACUACGAGGAGAACAAAUCUCGGUGGACGUGCACGUCUUCCAGCAGCAGCCCCCAGUACAACAUCUGUGAGCAGAUGAUCCAGAUCCGAGAGGACCACAUGCGCUUCAUCUCCGAGCUGGCACGCUACAGCAACAGCGAGGUUGUCACAGGCUCCGGCCGCCAGGAGGCCCAGAAGACAGACGCCGAGUACCGGAAGCUCUUCGACCUGGCGCUGCAGGGCCUGCAGCUGCUGUCCCAGUGGAGCGCGCACGUGAUGGAAGUGUAUUCGUGGAAACUCGUGCACCCGACGGACAAGUACUCCAACAAGGACUGCCCCGACAACGCUGAGGAGUAUGAGCGGGCCACGCGCUACAACUACACCAGCGAGGAGAAGUUCGCCCUCGUGGAGGUGAUCGCCAUGAUCAAGGGCCUGCAGGUGCUGAUGGGCAGGAUGGAGAGCGUGUUCAACCAUGCCAUUCGGCACACGGUCUACGCCGCCCUGCAGGAUUUCUCCCAGGUCACGCUGCGGGAGCCGCUGCGGCAGGCCAUCAAGAAGAAGAAGAACGUCAUCCAGAGUGUCCUGCAGGCCAUCAGGAAGACUGUGUGCGACUGGGAGACGGGGCACGAGCCCUUCAACGACCCAGCCCUGCGGGGCGAGAAGGACCCCAAAAGCGGCUUCGACAUUAAAGUGCCUCGCCGCGCCGUGGGACCCUCCAGUACGCAGCUGUACCUGGUGCGCACCAUGGCAGAGUCCUUGAGCUCCGCCGAGCUGCUGCGGCAGCUCAAGUCUCUGGGCAUGGAGAGGCUGGUGCAUGUGGUUAACGCGUUUCUGAGGCAGUCCUACACCUAUCCGCCUCUCUUAACCUUCGGGGGUAAGACAUCGUUCGUUUACCUUGCUGACGUUCAGGGCACGGAGGCGAAGUGCUCCUUCGGGUCCUUCCUCCCACGCAGCAGCCCGCGGCCACUAGAUGGGCGCCCAGACCCCUUAGCGGAGCCGGGGAGCCCAGCUCAGGUCAGGGCCUCUGAGCAGCCCUCCUGGGGCCGAGCAGCGUCUGGUGCGACUAAUGCUGCCUGUGUGUUUUCUCCCGCCACGUUUCCCUGGAUAACGCAGCUUUACAUGGUGAGAACCAUGCUAGAGUCCCUCAUUGCAGACAAAAGUGGCUCCAAGAAAACCCUGAGAAGUAGCCUUGAGGGGCCCACCAUAUUGGACAUAGAAAAAUUCCAUCGAGAGUCCUUCUUCUACACUCACUUGAUAAAUUUCAGCGAGACCCUGCAGCAGUGCUGCGACCUCUCGCAGCUGUGGUUCCGCGAGUUCUUCCUGGAGCUCACCAUGGGCCGGCGCAUCCAGUUCCCCAUCGAGAUGUCCAUGCCCUGGAUCCUGACCGACCACAUCCUGGAGACCAAGGAGGCGUCCAUGAUGGAGUAUGUCCUCUACUCCCUGGACCUUUACAACGACAGCGCCCACUACGCCCUCACCCGGUUCAACAAGCAGUUUCUCUACGACGAAAUCGAGGCAGAGGUGAACCUGUGCUUUGACCAGUUUGUUUACAAGUUGGCUGACCAGAUAUUUGCAUAUUACAAGGUGAUGGCUGGAAGUUUGCUUCUGGACAAACGGUUAAGAUCCGAAUGCAAGAACCAGGGGGCCACCAUCCACCUCCCGCCCUCCAACCGCUACGAGACGCUGCUCAAGCAGAGGCACGUGCAGCUCCUGGGCAGGUCCAUAGACCUCAAUCGCCUGAUCACCCAGCGCGUCUCGGUGGCCGUGUACAAGUCCCUGGAGCUGGCUAUCGGACGGUUUGAAAGUGAAGACCUCACCUCCAUCGUCGAGCUGGACGGCCUCUUGGAAAUCAACCGCAUGACACACCAGCUGCUGAGCAGGUACUUGUCGCUGGACAGCUUCGACGCCAUGUUCCGGGAGGCCAAUCACAACGUGUCGGCGCCUUAUGGGAGGAUCACCCUGCACGUCUUCUGGGAGCUCAACUACGACUUCCUGCCCAACUACUGCUACAACGGCUCCACCAACCGAUUUGUUCGGACAGUGUUACCAUUUUCCCAAGAAUUUCAAAGAGACAAACAGCCAAAUGCUCAGCCACAGUAUUUGCAUGGGUCCAAGGCUCUGAACCUGGCCUACUCCAGCAUUUACGGCAGCUACCGGAACUUCGUGGGGCCCCCGCACUUCCAGGUCAUCUGCCGGCUACUCGGCUACCAGGGCAUCGCGGUCGUCAUGGAGGAGCUGCUGAAGGUCGUCAAGAGCCUGGUACUUUCCCUCGGGUGCACCUCCUCCUCCCCCGCCCCCCCCCGUGAAGGGUCCUGCCCCCACUCCAGCUCCGCGGUCGUCAUGGAGGAGCUGCUGAAGGUCGUCAAGAGCCUGAAUGACCCUCCACAUGGGCGGGAACUGGGCGUCUCCGUGGAGAAGGAUCGCGUCGCUCACACCACGCCGUCUCUAGAGGAAGUGUGCGACCUGCUGCACGCAGCCCCCUUCCAGAACAUCCUGCCCAGGGUCCACGUGAAAGAGGGAGAGAGACUCGAUGCCAAAAUGAAGCGACUGGAAUCCAAGUACGCCCCCCUGCACCUCGUCCCUCUGAUUGAGAGACUGGGGACCCCUCAGCAAAUUGCCAUAGCGAGAGAGGGGGACCUGCUGACCAAGGAGCGUCUCUGCUGCGGCCUGUCCAUGUUCGAGGUCAUCCUGACGCGGAUCCGGACCUUCCUGGACGACCCCAUCUGGCGCGGGCCUCUGCCCAGCAACGGGGUCAUGCACGUGGACGAGUGUGUCGAGUUCCACAGACUGUGGAGCGCCAUGCAGUUUGUGUACUGCAUCCCUGUGGGCACGCACGAGUUCACGGUCGAGCAGUGCUUUGGCGAUGGACUGCACUGGGCCGGCUGCAUGAUCAUCGUUCUCCUUGGGCAACAGCGGCGCUUUGCUGUCCUGGAUUUCUGCUACCAUCUGCUUAAAGUCCAGAAACAUGAUGGCAAAGACGAGAUUAUCAAAAACGUGCCUUUGAAGAAGAUGGUGGAGAGAAUCCGCAAGUUCCAGAUUCUUAAUGACGAGAUCAUCACCGUGUUGGACAAGUACCUGAAGUCGGGCGAUGGAGAGAGCACGCCCGUGGAGCACGUGCGCUGCUUCCAGCCCCCGAUCCACCAGUCCCUGGCCAGCAGCUGAGGACAUGCCUGUGGCUGCUUUGGGAGUCCUGGUCCCGGCUGCAUCAGUCACUGUAGGGUAUGUUGUUCUUGUCACACGCCAGUGAGGUUUGUAGGGACUGUCAGUGUCCUUGUACCUGUGAAAGGGCACUUUUCGAUCUGAAAGCCUAAAUUUAUAAAAUUGACUUAUUUUUCUAGCCUAAAAUUGUCUAUGCUUUUGGUAACUAGGAAGUUUGAGACUAUUGGCUGCAAAUUGCUGCCUUCCCGUUCUUACAGUUAUUUUCCGUUUUUCUGUGAAAUGUCCAAGUGCCACCGGGGUCAUCCGUGUAUCCCUCAGCCAGGGAUCAGUGACGUUCAGGGACUUCAGCAAGGAACAUGGAUAGCUAAUUGUAAUAAAAGUCGCUACUAAUUACAGUGGAAAUUAAUGAUUGUUUAGCUUUUGUUAGGCCUUUUGCUAAUGAUCUUUUAUGAAUUAAAGUCAUUCUUUCCUUCCCUAUUUGUGUCAAUUAUUUCAGAAAAGAGAGAGCUUGACUCCUCGUUUCUACUAAAUCCAUUCGUAACAUCUAAUGUGUGAGGGAUGAUUUAAAGGGUGUAGAAAUAAAAGGAAUGAAACCUC